AUGGAUCAUUCUAUUUAUACAUUAUUUGCUAGUGUAUUUCAUAGUUUAGUCAUUAGACAAACCAUAUUUCAACAUAUAUAUGGGUUGAAUAGAGAUCUCUCAUUGUUGAAAUAUAGAUCAACUAGUCAACACUUGACCAACAACAACAAAAGAAUAGCACCACACCACAAGAAACAACAACAACAACAAUUCUAUCGAUGGCAACAACACAUUAAAGAUAAUGUAUACCUUUUAAUUAGAUUCGGAUUUAAAUCAUACUUGGUUCAAUACAUUGAAUGUUUGGAAUCAAAAUAUGAACCAUUUCAGUGGAGAUCAACCGAUGCAAACAGAGGAGGAGGAGAACAAAGAGAAAGGUUCAUACCAAACUUGGAAUGGUUUAUAAAUGAAGCAUGUAUUGGAAGGAGAUUAGAGAUUGUAGAGUAUUUCUACAAUAGAUACAACAAGAAUCAACCAGAGGUGAUUUAUUAUAUAUACAAGGCAUCACUCAUACAUGGACCUUUUAUAAUAUUUAAAUAUAUCUAUAAUCUUCAUCCAAACAACACCUACAUAAGAACAAUCAGUGAUAAAUAUAGUAUCAUUGAUCAAGACAUUUAUUUAUUUUGUUUUAAUAUUUAUAAACAUCAACAACAAAUAGAUCAUCAACCAACAAACAAUAAUAUUAAUAAUAAUAAUAAUCAAAUAAUAGAUUUAAAUAAUAAUCAAAUAAUUUAUGAAUAUAGAUCAUUUGAUAUAGUAUUUUAUAUUUGUGAUCAUAUUUUAAAUCAUAAAUGGGAUGGAAAAAGUUUAAAAAAGUUAUUAUUGGGAUAUUUAAAGUUUAAUAUUGAAAAGAUAACUUGUCAAGAGUAUCAGUCUAUUUUGAAAAAGAUUGACUCUUUGAAUGGUGAUAUUGUAGAUCUAAUCGUUGUAGAUAUUAACAUCUUGGCACUGCAAGAUGGUCGUGGUGACAUUUUAGAAUUCAACUUUAAGAGAUGUCCAAAUACUCUUAAACACUAUCUUGCAUCACACCUCUUUUCAAAAUACUUUUAUGACAUCAAGUCUCCACUGGCCUACCAAGAACUACAAGUGUUAAAGGUUAUUUUGGUUGAUUUGGAGGAGAGACUGGCCAACUAUUAUCACCGAAAGAUAAUGCCAUCAACACUUAGGAUAGACUCUUACCAACAUGCAGACAAUCUACUCUACCUAGUCGAUCAAAUAACACUGCUCUUGCAAAAAUACCAAAAUGAACCAGACAUUAUCAAAGUGGUACCACAAUUAGAGUUUCAACCUUCUCUUUUAAACCUAGCCUUUCAAAAGAAGGACCAAAAGGUUGUAGAAUUGUUAAUCUCUCAAAUAUUUGACAGAGACACUAUUAAAAGUCAGGUUGUGUAUCCAACCGACAUUCAUAGUAUUCUUUAUGCCGAAUCGUUGGGUGCUACUCUUGCAUACAACCUCAUAUUGACCAACAUGUUUAGACAAAAUAAUGUAGACAUGGUAAAAUGGUUAUUGGAGAAUAGAUGUCCACCUAAAAACCCAUUGGAUGCUAAAGUCAUGUUACAUGGUGCAGUCUGUCUCUCAAAUGACCCUUCUCUAAUAUCUUAUGUCUAUUGGCAAUUAUAUAAUCGUCUCUCAGCGAGUGUUGAUAAAACAACAACAACAACAUCAGACGAACAACAAGAUUUAAAAAAGGCAAUUAUAUCAAGAGACAUUAUAGUACAGUCGAUGAAACUUUAUGAUUCUCACUUGGUGGUCAAAUUCUUUUUAGAACAAUUGGAUGAGACUAGUCAAUCGUCCAUUUUAACCAAAAUAGAAUUUCAUCCCAUCAAAUCUCCAGAUACCAUCAAAUACCUUAUCGAUUUGUAUCUAAAGUUGGAAAAGAAACAACCAAACCAAGUAGAUUUUAGAAAGAUCAAUUAUGCAAACUCUAGUUUUGGAUUGAUCAAAGUAUAUGACCCCAAACAUAGACAAGUAUUUGAAUACUUUGAUACAAUCAACUUUUCACCAUUGACUCUAGAGUCUUGUUUAGCAUUUUCUGCACCACCAUCCACACCAGAUGAUUAUAUCAACUUGUUGGAUUUAAUUAUUAAAUUGUCAAACAAUCAUUCCAACAACCAAAUACCAAGACUACUCGAUUAUGCAACCAAAAUCAAUAGUAUCGAUCUAAUAAGAUUUACACUAUUCAAUUUUAAAAAUAAUAAUAAUCUUAAAUGUCCAACAUCAUCUUUAGGUGGUAUUGAUAUUAUUGAUUUCUUAAAUUAA